CCAGCGGUCCCGCAUCAGCUUCCGGUCGCGCUCUCGGGCGUAGAUCGGCUUCUGCUGCUGCCAGAAGCUGCUGCGGGUGUCCAGCGGCUCUGCACCAGAGAUCUGCAGCCUCUUCACGCAGCCGCCCGGCCGUUGACUGGAAAUCGAUGCUGUUCUGUGAAAGGGAGAGCAGGUCCCUCUGCAGCCAUGUCUGCCAAGGCCAUCUCGGAGCAGACGGGCAAGGAGCUCCUGUAUAAGUACAUCUGCACCACCUCAGCCCUGCAGAACCGCUUCCAGUAUGCCCGGGUCACCCCUGACACCAACUGGGCCCGCCUGCUGCAGGACCACCCCUGGCUGCUGACCCAGAGCCUGGUGGUCAAGCCCGACCAGCUGAUCAAGCGGCGGGGGAAGCUGGGCCUGGUUGGGGUAAACCUCAGUCUUGACGGGGUCAAGUCCUGGCUGAAGCCCCGGCUGGGCCAGGAGACCACGGUGGGCAAGGCCAGGGGCUUCCUCAAGAACUUCCUGAUCGAGCCCUUCGUGCCACACAGUCAGGCGGAGGAGUUCUACGUGUGCAUCUAUGCCACUCGAGAUGGCGACCUUGUCCUCUUCCACCACGAGGGCGGGGUCGACGUGGGCGACGUGGACACCAAAGCCCAGAAGCUGCUGGUUGGCGUGGAUGAGAAGCUGUAUCCCGAGGACAUCAAGAAACACCUGCUGGUGCAGGCGCCAGAGGAUAAGAAAGAGGUCCUGGCCAGCUUCAUCUCUGGCCUCUUCAACUUCUACGAGGACCUGUACUUCACCUACCUCGAGAUCAACCCCCUGGUGGUGACCAAGAAUGGCGUCUACGUCCUUGAUUUGGCGGCAAAGGUGGAUGCCACGGCCGACUACAUCUGCAAAGUGAAGUGGGGCGACAUGGAGUUCCCUCCCCCCUUCGGGCGGGAGGCCUAUCCUGAGGAAGCCUACAUCGCAGACCUGGACGCCAAGAGCGGGGCGAGCCUGAAGCUGACCCUGCUGAACCCCAAGGGGCGGAUCUGGACCAUGGUGGCCGGGGGCGGAGCCUCUGUGGUGUACAGUGACACCAUCUGCGACUUGGGGGGUGUCAAUGAGCUGGCCAACUACGGGGAGUACUCGGGCGCCCCCAGCGAGCAGCAGACCUACGACUACGCCAAGACCAUCCUGUCGCUCAUGACGCGCGAGAAGCACCCGGAUGGCAAGAUCCUCAUCAUCGGAGGCAGCAUCGCCAACUUCACCAACGUGGCUGCCACCUUCAAGGGCAUCGUGAGAGCCAUUCGAGAUUACCAGGGCCCCCUGAAGGAGCACGAGGUCACCGUCUUUGUCCGGAGAGGUGGCCCCAACUACCAGGAGGGCUUGCGGGUGAUGGGCGAAGUCGGGAAGACCACAGGGCUCCCCAUCCACGUCUUUGGCACCGAGACCCACAUGACUGCCAUCGUGGGCAUGGCCCUGGGCCAGCGGCCCAUCCCCAACCAGCCCCCCACCGUGGCCCACACUGCCAACUUCCUGCUCAACGCCAGCGGGAGCACUUCGACGCCGGCCCCGAGCAGGACGGCGUCUUUUUCUGAGUCCAGAGCUGAGGAGGUGGCACCUGCGAAGAAGGCCAAGCCGGCUGUGCCCCGAGAUUCAGACCAAAGUCCAAGACCCCUGGAAGGAAAGAGUGCCACCCUCUUCAGCCGCCACACCAAGGCCCUUGUGUGGGGCAUGCAGACCCGGGCCGUGCAGGGCAUGCUGGACUUCGAUUAUGUGUGUUCCCGCGACGAGCCCUCGGUGGCUGCCAUGGUGUACCCCUUCACGGGGGACCACAAGCAGAAGUUCUACUGGGGACACAAGGAGAUCCUGAUCCCCGUCUUUAAGAACAUGGCGGAUGCCAUGCAGAAGCACCCUGAAGUGGAUGUGCUCAUCAACUUUGCCUCCCUGCGCUCUGCCUACGACAGCACCAUGGAGACCAUGAGCUACGCACAGAUCCACACCAUCGCCAUCAUUGCGGAAGGCAUCCCCGAGGCCCUCACGCGGAAGCUGAUCAAGACGGCAGACCGGAAGGGGGUGACCAUCAUUGGGCCUGCCACCGUGGGCGGCAUCAAGCCUGGCUGCUUUAAGAUUGGGAACACGGGUGGCAUGUUGGACAACAUCCUGGCCUCCAAACUGUACCGGCCGGGCAGCGUGGCCUACGUGUCGCGGUCGGGGGGCAUGUCCAACGAGCUCAACAACAUCAUCUCGCGCACCACUGACGGCGUCUACGAGGGCGUGGCUAUCGGCGGGGACAGGUACCCCGGCUCCACCUUCAUGGACCACGUGUUGCGGUACCAGGACACUCCGGGAGUCAAGAUGAUCGUGGUGCUGGGAGAGAUCGGGGGCACUGAGGAGUACAAGAUCUGCCGAGGCAUCAAGGAGGGCCGCCUCACUAAGCCUGUGGUCUGCUGGUGCAUCGGGACCUGCGCCACCAUGUUCUCCUCGGAGGUCCAGUUUGGCCACGCCGGAGCCUGCGCCAACCAGGCGUCGGAAACUGCAGUCGCGAAGAACCAGGCCUUGAAGGAGGCAGGCGUGUUCGUGCCACGCAGCUUCGAUGAGCUCGGCGAGAUCAUCCAGUCCGUGUACGAGGACCUCGUGGCCAGAGGAGCCAUCGAGCCGGCGCAGGAGGUGCCGCCCCCCACGGUGCCCAUGGACUACUCCUGGGCCAGGGAGCUGGGCCUCAUCCGCAAGCCCGCCUCGUUCAUGACCAGCAUCUGUGACGAGCGCGGCCAGGAACUCAUCUACGCGGGCAUGCCCAUCACCGAAGUCUUCAGGGAGGAGCUGGGCAUUGGCGGCGUCCUUGGGCUCCUCUGGUUCCAGAGAAGGCUGCCCAAGUACUCGUGCCAGUUCAUCGAGAUGUGCCUGAUGGUGACGGCCGACCACGGGCCUGCCGUGUCCGGGGCCCACAAUACCAUCAUCUGCGCCCGCGCCGGGAAGGACCUGGUCUCCAGCCUCACCUCGGGGCUGCUCACCAUCGGGGAUCGCUUUGGGGGUGCCCUGGACGCGGCUGCCAAGAUGUUCAGCAAGGCCUUCGACAGCGGCAUGAUCCCCAUGGAGUUUGUGAACAAGAUGAAGAAGGAGGGGAAGCUGAUCAUGGGCAUCGGCCACCGCGUGAAGUCGAUCAACAACCCGGACAUGCGGGUGCAGAUCCUCAAGGACUACGUGCGGCAGCACUUCCCGGCCACACCGCUGCUCGACUACGCCCUGCAGGUGGAGAAGAUCACCACCUCCAAGAAACCCAACCUGAUCCUGAACGUGGAUGGCCUCAUCGGGGUGGCGUUUGUUGACAUGCUCAGGAACUGUGGCUCUUUCACUCGGGAGGAGGCGGACGAGUACAUCGACAUCGGUGCCCUCAAUGGCAUCUUCGUGCUGGGCCGGAGCAUGGGCUUCAUCGGGCACUAUCUGGAUCAGAAGAGGCUGAAGCAGGGGCUGUAUCGUCACCCAUGGGACGACAUCUCCUACGUCCUCCCGGAACACAUGAGCAUGUAGUCAAGCGUGAGCCUCUGGGUGAAGCCGAGACUCCGGGCAACAGCGUGAGACCACACCCGUAGCCGGAACCCAUGCAGUCCACACAAAGCAGCUUAGUAUUUUUUUUAUAAGCAUAGAAAUUCAAAUCAAGCCCAAACGUGUGACAUUUGCUCUGCUGCCCGCUGUAUUUAUUAUACCGAAGUGUUGACCCAAGUUCUGUCCUAAUAGUGUUCUUCCUCCUUCCGGGGCAUUAUAAUGUUGCUUUCUUUCCGUGAAGUUUUUUCCCCUCUGUGGAGGAAGGGAAUGGAAGGUUCAGACUUCAAGAUACAAAGUACUCCCUCCUGAUGUCCUGUUUUUUCACUUUGCUUUCUUCCUUCUGAUCUAACAUGAAGAAUAUAGUAUUAAUCUGAUUUUUAAGGACCUUUCUGUAUGUUACGUGUUUUGGCUUUAUUUAGCAUCCCACCGACAUGUUCAGAUCAAAGUCUGCCGCUGUUGCAUUGGCGGGACCAUGGCACCCUUAGCCACUGUCAGCACUCGUGGAGUAGUAAUUUAAGAUGUAAAGUUGUCACAUACCACGUCCAAACGGAAGUGCAACGCAGAAAGCUGUGAAACGUCUUCUGUUGAUGCGGCUGGCUUGCCUGUUCCUGAAGCACAGGUCCCAGGGCUGCUCCCCAGCCUCCCCGAGGCUGUGACCCACAGACCUGGGCAGCUGCACCUCCAUCCUUCUCUGUAUUAUCAUAGUUUGGUUUAAAUAAACUGUAUAGUAACAGGAA